CACACCAAAUCUUAAUUUCUAUCCCACAUUUCACCAUACAAAAACACACAAACUCACACACAAAAGCCAUUGAGUUAAGAUGUCUGUCUCCCAUUCUUUCGCAGCUUCGGCUACCUUCGGUGGCCUCGGCGGUUUUUCCCGUCCAGCCGCCGCCAUCAAACAGUGGCGCUGCCUUCCACGCAUCCAAUGCCACGCGGCCGAGCAAUCUCAAUCUCCGUCGACGACGUUGAGGAGGUCGGGAAAUUACCAGCCCAGCAUAUGGACUCACGACCGCAUUCAAUCUCUCACUUUUAGCCACACAGCGGAUGAGGACGAUCACGCUGAGAGAAUUAAAUUACUCAAGAAUCAAACUAGCAAAGUGAUGGAAGAGAAGAAAGGUCAAUUGGAGGAGCAGCUUCAGCUCAUCGACCACCUGCAACAGCUCGGAGUGGCUUAUCACUUUAAGGAUGAUAUCAAGGACACCUUGCGAGGGUUUCAUGCUUCUUUCGAGGACAUAGGCUCCCAGCUCAAGGACAAUCUGCACGCCUCAGCGCUGCUCUUUAGGCUUCUCAGAGAAAACGGCUUCUCUGUUUCCGAAGAUAUAUUCAAGAAAUUUAAAGACGAGAAAGGCCAGUUCGAAGACCGGCUCCACAGCCAGGCCCAGGGAUUACUGAGUUUGUACGAGGCUUCUUACCUUGAAAAAGACGGCGAGGAGUUAUUGCAUGAGGCCAGGGAGUUCACAACCAAGCACCUCAAGAACCUCUUGGAGGAAGAAGGAGCUUUGAAACCUGGUUUGAUCAGGGAGCAAGUGGCCCACGCGUUGGAGCUCCCGCUGAACUGGAGAUUCCAGCGAUUGCACACGAAGUGGUUCAUUGGGGCAUGGCAAAGGGAUCCUGCUCUGCUUUUGUUGGCCAAGUUAGACUUCAACGCACUGCAGAACAUCUACAAGCGAGAACUUAGAGACGUCUCAAGAUGGUGGACGGAUCUUGGGCUUCCCCAGAAGCUGCCAUUUUUCAGAGACAGGUUGACCGAGAACUACUUAUGGACCGUCGGCUUUGCAUUCGAGCCAGAUAGCUGGGCUUUCAGGGAGUUGCAAACAAAAACUAAUUGCUUCGUAACAAUGAUCGAUGACGUUUACGACGUUUAUGGAACGCUCGAUGAGCUAGAACUAUUCACGGAUAUUAUGGAGAGAUGGGAUGUUAACGCGAUCGAUAAGCUCCCAGAGUACAUGAAACUAUGUUUUCUAGCCGUCUUCAACACGGUAAAUGAUGCAGGAUACGAAGUCAUGAGAAAUAAGGGAGUAGACAUAAUACCUUACCUCAAGAGGGCGUGGGCAGAAUUGUGCAAAAUGUACAUGAGGGAAGCUAGAUGGUAUGGCGCAGGGUAUACACCGACGCUGGAUGAGUAUUUAGACGGCGCAUGGAUAUCGAUAUCAGGCGCGUUGGUACUGUCGGCAGCUUACUGCACGGGCAAAGAUCUCACGAAGGAGGACUUGGAUAAGUUCUCCACUUACCCUUCCAUUGUGCAACCCUCCUGUGUGCUUUUUCGACUCCAUGACGAUUUGGGAACCUCCACGGAUGAGCUGGCGAGAGGAGAUGUGCAGAAGGCGGUGCAGUGCUGCAUGCACGAGAGGAAGGUGCCGGAGGCAGUUGCCAGUGAGCAUAUCAAGCAAGUGAUGGAGGCGAAAUGGAGGCUGCUGAACGGGAACCGGGUGGCGACGUCGUCGUUCGAGGAAUAUUUCCAGAAUGUGGCGAUUAAUAUCCCUCGAGCGGCACAAUUCUUUUAUGGAAAGGGAGAUGGAUAUGCGAAAUCGGAUGGAGAAACCCAGAAACAAGUCAUGUCGUUGUUGAUCGAGCCUGUCCAGCUCUGAUUAUCUAUAUGCAUGUGAUAAUGCAUAACAAGUCAUGCAUAAUAAGGACGUAUACUUAUAAUCAAACUCGUGUAAGUACUGUUAUAAAAAUUAAAUAAUAAUAUUGAAAAUAUUAAAAGUUA